AUGGACCUGAAAGAUUACAUUCGUGACAUCCCCGAUUUCCCGGAGCCCGGCAUUCUGUUCCGGGAUAUUACGCCGCUCCUGGCCAACCCGCAGGCUUUUGAUCACGCGGUUGCCCAACUGGCAACGCGGUGCAGCGACGCCGCUUUUGAUGCUGUCGUGGCCGUGGAAUCCAGGGGGUUCAUCUUCGGAGCGCCAUUGGCCCGCGAAUUGGGAAAGCCGCUGGUGCCGGUGAGGAAGCCAGGGAAACUUCCCGCCGAUACCCAUUCCGUCGAAUAUGACCUCGAGUACGGCUCCAACGUGCUGGAAAUUCAUUCGGACGGCAUAACUCCGGGGCAACGCGUACUCAUCGUAGACGAUCUUCUUGCCAUUGGCGGCACCCUUUCCGCAGCAUCCCAUCUUGUGGAGGCCUGCGGAGGCGAGGUUGUGCUGCUCGCGGUUGUCAUCGAACUCCUUUUCCUAGAUGGACGCAGCAGGCUGGAGGGGCGAGAAUUGGUGUCGCUCAUCCAAUACUGA